UCAUAUCGCGCCGCAGUUGAAUCCGCGUGUCUCAAUAAGGCAGAAUCUUCAAUCUCGCCAGCGAAAUCUACUCUCCCGUGUAUCUCGCGUUCCAGAUCUCCUAGAAAUCGAGCGCAUCUCUCGAGGGGCAAGGGGGGGGGAGUCGAAAGCAUCAAUGAACGGUGUGUGUCACCGGCGCAGAGCGAAACAGAGACGCAGAAGAAUUGAACCGAAGUGGCGGUUACGCAAGAUAAUGGGGCAGUCGUGCUGCCUAUAUUUUCCAAUAUACUCUGUCCCGAGGAGCAGUGCGGACGCUCGGCUUUUCAAGCUUGGCUAGCCAUCCCAGAAGCCUCCAUAUACCCGGAGCCGCGGCGGCUCUCUUUCUCUCUAUGUAUCGGUAUGUGAAAUAAAUUGCAAUCUCGCUCGACUAUAAGCGCACUCUCGAGAAGGAGAGACCCAGUUAGGGGCUUAGAGUGGGGCUACGCAGCUGUACCGGAAAAAGGAGAAUCUCGCCUACUCUAUACUGCAGCUGGCUUCCACGGCUUCGCGAUCCUGAGCCGUACGCAGUCCUUCUCGCCGCUCGGACCGGGUCCGAGCUUUUUACCCGCGACUCGGAAAAACCAUCGACGACGAGUGUCUGUUCAAGCUACUGUUCUCUCUCGCGACGAUAUUCGGCCCUUAGCGCCACGGACGAGUGGACAAACAGUCCGGAGGCGCGGACAGCCGACACUCGAGAGCCAUCGGCAAAAAGUGUUUGGAGAUUGGGCUCGAGAGAGCCUCUCCUUUGAUUUCCGCCGCGGAAGUAUUAUGCUAAUGCGGCGCCUCUGACAUUACUCGCGCGCGGGAGAGAGAGAGAGAGAGAGAGAGGGAGAGAGCGACGAGAACCCAAAAAGUGGAAGUGACACGUGCGGAGGCGCGUAUGAUACCCACGGUUCCGGCUUGGGAAUUCCGCGCGCGCGGAUGCCGAAUUCUACUGUAACAGCCCGCGGGCCGUGAUUCUCGAGAGGCCGCAUCAUUAUGAAUGGAGCGAGAUUCGGGUUGUGCUGCGUCAUCGUUUGGCUGCUGAAUCUCGGUCUAGAGGCGUCGUCUUGCAGCCGCAACGAUGCCGGCUACGAUGAGGAAAGUAAAAGAAAUGGCUCGAAGCAAAUCAGCGACGAGGAUUUCAAGAGAUCGAACGGUCGAGCUGGAUGGUUCGAGCCGAUUACCGGGCUCAAGGUCAAUUACGAUAAUAGCGAGCUCAUCGUCAGAUAUUCUCCUUACGGUGAGGCAACGGAAGGUCGAGCACUGAAGAGAGCAAAACGGCAAACAAUUUUGCAGAGAAUUGGAACGUUUAUGGCGAUGAUACCAAUAGGCAUGCAGCUACUGCAAAUACCAAUGGCUGUGGCAUCUCUGAAGGCGUCUUUAUUGAAAAGUCUUCUUGUGGCUAAGGUUGCUCUGUUUAUGUUGUUUUUGAGAGUUUUGUUUAUGACCAAAACCCGUCAGAAAAUAGUUAUUGUGAAAUCACCAUCACCGAGUGAAUUUCAUGAACACUAUUAUCAUUCCUUUGAAGAUCCUGAAGACAAUAAGCCAGGAUGGCUGGGUAAAGGACCUGCUUGGAUGAACUAAGUAAAAUAUUUAGUGUUAUGUUUGCGUAGUUUAUAAAUAAUUUAGGGUAGAGAUAGAAAUAUAAAACUUUAAAUUGAUAUUUGAAAAUUGAAAACCUAUGGUGCAAAAAUUUUAGCUUUUUCAAGUUGAACUAUUUUGUAAAAUAUAACGAGAGCUUAAUAAUUUUAAUAGUUGAAAAAGUAUUAUGAAAUGGAGAUUAAUUAUGAAGCUUAAAAUUCAAAGAAAAAUAUUCUAGCCAUUAAAUAUGCUUUAAAAACACUAUUUUUGAGCUAAAACAGUUACCCCUAAACAUACCGAAUAUGUCGAAAAUUGUAAGUAUUAUUACUAUAGUAUAAUAAGACUGAUUUUUAGAAUGACAGGAAAAAAUGUGUUCUACUAUUUUUUAUACCAUAUAUUAAAAUUAGACGAUAUUUUGUUAUCCAAAAAAAACUAUUUAUUGAAGUGUUGACAAAUGUGAAAUCACUAUUCUAUUAAUUAUCUAUUAAUUUAUUUAUUUAUUGUUUUGUAUGAGAUUAUUUGUACAUUUAUAUUAAUAACUUCUAUUGUACUUGACAAAUUUUAUUAAACGUUGACGUUUUGAAAAGUA